UUUUUUUUUCUUCCUGCGUGUUUUUUCUAAUUACUUUUUUUUUUUUGCGGGGGCGAUGUACGCUGCUUCCCCUUCCCUCUUAUGGAUUUGGCCUCCGAAGCCCUCGUCACCUCUCACCAUCUCUACCUUCUCCUCCUCCUUCGCCGCCGCUCGCCGGAGGCGGAGCGGGAGCAGCGGGAAGAGCAGGCCCAGGUUCUGCAUGGAACCUUCUUCUUCUUCGUCUUCUUCUUAUUCUUCUUCUUCUUUUUCGGUUGAGUCCAAGGGUGAUUUGGAGCUCUCGGCGGAGAAGAAGGGGAUGAUCUCCGACAAAGGUGUGGGAAUCGAAGGGUCUGGCGCCCUCGAUCAGAGGGUGGUUUUAGGGUUGGGUUCGAAGCGGUUCGGGAGGCGUCCGCUGUGGAAGAGGAUUUUCUUCGCGUCGAAGAAGGUUAGGAGCAUCAUCUUGCUUAACGUCCUCACCGUCAUCUAUGCUAGUGACAUCCCAGUCCUAAAGGAGGUUGAAGCAGUUACGGAACCUGCGCUCUUCAACGUGGUGCGCUUCAUAGUUUCUGCCAUUCCUUUCCCACCAUUUGUAUUAAAAGGAUGUGGGGACCGCCAUACACGAACUGCAGGAGUAGAGUUAGGCCUUUGGGUAAGUUUUGGGUAUGUUUCUCAAGCCCUUGGAUUACUUACAUCUGAAGCUGGACGUGCGUCCUUCAUUUCGACCUUCACAGUGAUAGUUGUGCCAUUAAUGGAUGGUAUGCUUGGGGCAGCAGUGCCAGCUCUAACCUGGUGUGGAGCAAUCGUCUCUCUUCUAGGGGUUGCUAUGCUGGAAUGUGUUGGUUCUCCUCCCUGUGUUGGUGAUGUUCUGAACAUCUUGAGCGCGGUGUUUUUUGGGAUUCAUAUGCUUAGGACUGAGCAAAUUUCAAGAAGCACAAAAAAGGACAAUUUCCUAGCUCUCCUUGGUUUUGAGGUCUGUGUUGUGGCUUUGUCAUCGGUUGUGUGGUUUUUGAUUAAAGAUAUCUUUAAUGACGUGCAUCAAUUGAGUUUUGCUUCUUGCUCAUUGUCCAAAUUGUGGGAUUUCAUGACUUCAUUUCCUUGGAUACCAGCAUUAUAUACAGGUGUAUUUUCCACUGGAUUAUGCUUGUGGGCAGAGAUGUAUGCCAUGGGCGAUGUGUCAGCAACAGAGACUGCGAUAAUUUAUGGUAUGGAGCCACUGUGGGGUGCUUCCUUUGCAUGGUUUCUCCUUGAUGAAAGAUGGGACACAACUACAUGGAUUGGAGCUGCUCUCGUAUUAUGUGGCAGCCUAACCGUCCAGAUCCUCGGAUCAGCUCAAGUGAAAUCCAACAAGGAAGAGGACAGCAGAAGCAAUACUUUAAAAUCAUCACAGAAGCAAAACUAUUUCUCUUUCUCAGCAGUGGUCGUUGAUUCUAGAAAGGAUGUUGCUCGCCAAUUUAAGAGGCAGGACAAAUUGUCAUGAGAAUUGAUUCAGAAGCACAUGAUUUUAGUAGUCUUGCAUAAUCGAGCCAUACUACCGUAUUGCACAUAAGAGGUCCUCUACGGGCAGUGGGAAGCGUGCCACAUUUAGCGUGCCACAUUUUGCUCCAUCCGUGCUUCAUGCAAAUAAUACAAGCGAUAUAUGAAAACGAGCAAAACUUGAUAAACUAGCUAUUACGAGAGGGUUCUAUUUGCAUCUCAGAUGAUAAAGAAGUGGUUCUUGAGUAUAGGAUCAUAGUUUUAAGAGCAAAUGCAAAUUAAAGGCCAACUAGGUGAGCUCACCUUGGCUGGUUCAGCUCUAUGCUCGAAGCUGGUGAUCUGGCUUUCUUAAUUCUCAGAGUCUGAGGCAAUAGACCGGGAUAUUUCCUUGUAGACUGCUGAAGCCAGUAAUAAAUGGUUAUGAACUUUUGAACUUUUGAAUGGUUAUUUGUGGCUUUUUGCUUGCUUUCAGAGGGGAAAUAUGGAGUCACCAGACUGUUGUGGAGAGAAGCAUGUGGGUCUUAGGAAUCCUUUAGUUUGGAUAUCGUGAGGGGUGGGGUCUGGAAGAAAGUCUUCUCUGUUGCAGUGAUUUAAUAGUGGUCCUAUUUAACUCUGAUGUGAGUGUUGUAAAAGUAAUUGUGUAUCGUAACAUCUUGGGCGUAAAUUCUACCAAUGUCACAAGCUAGCCCACACCAUAGCUGGGCCAAAAUAGGUCCUAAAUAAGAUUGCAAAUAGACCAUUCCGAU